AUGGCGGCAGUAUCGCGGGCCCUCGUUCGACGCCUCACCGCCAGGAUCGUAAGGUCCGGUCAAGGCCGGAAGCAGGCACCUGCUGUCCAAAUUGCUGGUGCCACCGGCCAUUGCGACGUCUUCAUAAACCACAGGGGAGCCGACACGAAACGGACGAUGGCCGGGCUGCUCUACGACCGCCUCGCCCAGCACAACCUCCGCCCGUUCCUGGAUAACCGGACCAUGGAGCCAGGAGACAAGCUCUACGACAGCAUUAACAGCGCCAUACUCAACUGCGAGGUCGGGAUCGCCAUCUUCUCUCCCAGGUACUCCGAGUCCUUCUUCUGCCUCCACGAGCUGGCGAUGCUGGUCGAGGCCGGCAAGAAGAUUAUCCCGAUCUUCUGCGACAUCGAGCCCUCGGAUCUCCUGGCGAUGGACGUCCAGUCCCAUCCGCCCGAGAUGCUGGAGCGGUUCAGGAAGGCUCUUCGGGAGGCCAGGUACACGGUGGGCAUCACGUUCGACUCCCAGAAUGGGAACUGGUCGGAUUUGGUGUCAUGGACUGCAGAGAUCGUGGUGAAGAGUAUAAAAGGGGAAGGGGACCGCUGA